AUGGCGACCGGUUCACCACCCUCACAAACAACCCUCGACAUCCUUGGCGAGAUCACGUCGCUUGGCGAUGGCCUCAAGAGCGGGUCGCAGGGCGCAAGAGAGGGUCUUCUAUCCGCAGCGUCGCGGUUGAUAGCAGAGCUUCAGCACCCGACCGAAAAUGCAUUGCAGCUCCUCUGGGCGCAACCCACGCACCUAGCCGUGAUACGCAUGGCGGUAGAGAUCAAACUAUUCCAAGCCAUGGAAUCCACGCCCGCGACAGGCGAGAGCAGCGCCUCGAUCGCAGCGCGCUGCACACCAGAGGGCGCCGUGGACCCCGUGGACCCCGUCCUCGUAGCGCGUAUGCUACGCCAUCUCGCGGCUAUGUCGACAGUGCGCGAACUGGGCCCGGACGUCUUCGCGCCCUCGCCCACGUCGCGCGCCUUCGCGAGCGACAAGUACCAGGACACGAUUCUGUAUAUCGUCGAUAACUUCCAGCCCGCGCUCGACGCCGGGCCCAGCUACUUCCGCGCGAAUGCAUUUCAGACGCCCAACUCGAGCGUCGAUGCUCCGUUCCAGCAUGCCUUCAACUGCAAGGGGACGCACUACUUCGAGUACUUCGACAGGGUGGAUCGCGAGAUGGGCAGGCGGUUUGCGAGCAUGAUGGAUGUGUGGAGUAUGGGGCGGCAGAGGUGGUUUGACGCCGACUACUAUCCGGUCGCUGAGCGACUAAUCGCCGGCGCCGAGACGACCGCGAGUGGCGAGGAUAGCAGUGAAGAGAAGACGUUCCUGGUCGACAUCGGCGGCGGAACAGGCCACGACAUCAAAGGCCUACGCGCCGCCUUCGGCGACCAAAUCCCAGGGAAACUGAUCCUACAAGACCGCCCCGAGGUCAUCGACCUCGCGGCCGUAGAUGCCGGCGACGAGAAAAUGGCACACGAUUUCCUCACCGAGCAGCCCAUCAAAGCCGCACGCGCCUACUUCCUACACAGCAUAAUCCAAGACUGGCCCGACAGCACCAACGCGCAAAUCCUGCGCUCCUUGAUCCCCGCCAUGAAGCGCGGCUACUCGAAGCUGCUCAUCAACGACUUCGUGCUGCCCAACGCGGGUGCGCACUGGAGCCAGACGGCGCUGGACUGGGAGCUGAUGGCGUCGCUGGGGGCGCGGCAUCGCACUGUUGCCGAGCACGCGGCGCUGUACGAGGGGGUUGGGUUGAGGAUUGCCGGGGUUUGGAAGCAUCCGCGGGGGUUGGAUGCGCUGGUUGAGUUGGAGUUGGCAUAG